UUCUGCGGUUGCCAAAAUAAUAGGCAAUAACGUAAAAAAAUUGCAAAAAUUUGCUUCCACAGUGAAGAUGUGGGUCUUCGAGGAGAAUAUUAAUGGGAGAAAACUGACAGAUAUCAUAAAUAAUGAACAUGAAAAUGUAAAAUAUCUCCCUGGAUACAAGCUGCCAGAUAAUGUGGUUGCUGUCCCAAACCUUAACGAAGCUGUACAGGAUGCAGAUUUGCUGGUUUUUGUCAUUCCUCAUCAGUUCAUUCAUAAAGUCUGCGAUGAAAUCACAGGACGAGUACCCAAGAAAGCUCUUGGUAUAACUCUCAUAAAGGGAAUAGAUGAAGGCCCGGAGGGACUCAAACUGAUCUCUGACAUUAUUCGAGAGAAGAUGGGAAUAGACAUCAGUGUGCUGAUGGGAGCUAACAUUGCCAAUGAGGUGGCGGCAGAGAAAUUCUGUGAAACCACAAUAGGCAGCAAAAUCUUGGAAAAUGGCCUUCUCUUCAAAGAACUCCUGCAGACUCCAAACUUCCGAAUAACUGUAGUGGAUGAUGCAGAUACAGUUGAGCUUUGUGGUGCUCUAAAGAAUAUAGUAGCAGUAGGAGCUGGGUUCUGUGAUGGCCUUUGCUGCGGUGACAAUACCAAGGCUGCUGUUAUUCGCCUUGGCCUAAUGGAGAUGAUUGCCUUUGCCAGAGUUUUUUGCAAAGGACAGGUGUCUACUGCCACUUUCCUAGAGAGCUGUGGAGUUGCUGAUCUCAUCACAACGUGUUACGGUGGCCGGAAUCGACGUGUAGCGGAAGCGUUCGUUAAAACUGGAAAGUCUAUUGAAGAACUGGAGCAAGAAAUGUUGAAUGGUCAGAAAUUGCAGGGACCACAGACUUCUGCAGAAGUGUAUCGCAUCCUCAAGCAGAAAGGAAUGGUGGAAAAGUUUCCACUAUUCACUGCUGUGUAUCAGAUCUGCUAUGAAGGGAAGCCUGUCAGAGAGAUGAUAUCCUGCCUUCAGAGUCAUCCAGAGCACAUAUAAAAUCAAUCAGGCCAUCGUACUAAUGGAGCUUUCUGCCUUUCAAAUUUAUAUUUGGGUUCAAGUGGAUGUAUCAUUAAGCUUCGUUCAAAGCUGCUUGCUAGGCAACAGUAACAAUAUGAAUGUCUCUGAAUGGGUAUUGUUUUUUGUUUUACAGCCUAGUUUAACAUAGCAUGCAGUGUUGACUUGGUGAUUGUCGUUUUACUGGCUAAAAUAUAACUGUUUGAAGAUGCGCAGUGCAAAAGCUGCACUACAUGACUAGUGUAUGUACAGAAGUGUACUUUGUGUGUGUUCCUACACCGUAAAACACAAUGUUUUGUUGUCUCUUAUUAAGGCCUAGUCCAAAAUCCACUGGACACCAUGGGAAGAAUCUCACUGGUUUUGAUGGAGACUGAAUCAAGCCUGUAAUCUUGAAAUUUUAGUCAUCUUUCUAUUAGGACUUAGUUUUAUUCUGCAUACACAUUGAAAUUUUAACAUUUUGCAUGUUUAUGAUUACAUUAAUUUAAACAAUAUUAAUGCAAAACAAGUGGUAGCAGU